AUGACUACUAUUUCAGCUUAUAAAGAUGCGUGUAGAAAGUGGAUUGGUGUUAUUUGGUUAACGCUAGAAGUGAAUUUAGUUGCUGGUACUAUAUUUGGUUUUGCAGCACUUUUCAAAGUAUUACCAAAGUAUGGUGUCUAUAGUCACUACUGUACGUCUGCUUCCAAUACAACAGCAGCAGCAGCAGCAGCACUGGUAAACUGUGGUGCUCAGACUCGUGAAUAUCAAAAUGCAUUAACGCUAGGAAUCGCUUUCUUUGGUUUGCCGUCGGCACUUGUGGGGGGCCUCAUUGACAAGCUUGGUUGCCGUUUUACGAAACUCAUCGGAGUAGUUUUUCAUGUUGUGGGAUGGUUGGCUCUCGCUUUAGUUCAAUCCGGUCGAGACUAUUUACUAUACAUUCACACUGUGUUCUCAUCAAUCGGUGGCAUAGCUGUUUUAAUCUCAACUUUUGCAUCUAGCGAAUAUUUUGCAACAUCUCGAGCAGUGAUAUCAGCGCUAUUUGCUGGUGCGACUAUAUCAUCAACAAUGUGGUUUUCCAUUUUUCAAAGAUUAAUCGAUGAUGGUCAUGCAACCAUCGGACAUUUAUCAUAUAUAUGGAUGUCAUUUGGGGUACUACUGUUUGUCUCUGCAUUUUUGUUCCUCGAUUGGAAAUUCACGUUAUGUAAAUUACCUUAUGGAACUAAUGUAACAUUUGAAGAAGCACUAACAAAAAGCAACACAGACAGAACGGACUCUGAAACGAAGUGGUACAUUAAAAUUUAUCAGCGCACUGGCAUUUGGAAUCAUUUGUUAAGUCCUUUAUAUAUAUUGGUAGUUCUCUUUCUGAGCGUAUUGCUGCUACCAAGUGUAUUGCUGUCUGUUAUUUGGUAUCCAUGGGUACAUUACAUAACGAAUCAAGAUACCGUUUUAGCCAAUCAAUAUACGUUUGCAUUUAAUGUGUCGACACUCUCAGCACUCGCUAUUUGUCCGAUCAAUGGUUUCAUUCUUGGACGCAAUGCUAUGAAAAAUAGAAAACAACAACUAUUGAACAUAUUAAUAGUCCAGACAAUCUCAUGGAUAUCGAAUGUUGCACUAUGCAUUAUCUGUAUGUUUGUGACAUUGAAUGUCAUCAUACCGGCUUUGGUCAUAAACUGUAUUGCACGUUCAACAAUUGUAGCUGGUUCGCAGGCCGUGGUAGCGACUUUUUUUCCAUCUGAGUAUAUUGGAAGAUUGACUGGUAUUAUGUGGACAGUAGGAGGUGCAGUAACUUUUAUUCAAUAUGCACUUGUCCUCUUGACCGACGAUAUAUCAAAAUCAUGGAGGGUGCGCACGUUUUUAAAUUUAUCUUUGGAUAUGAAAAUUAAAAUACCUUUUUUAUUAGGCUUGGGUAAUUGUGCUGGUAUUAGUGAUGAUCAUGUCUUGUCAUUUGGUACAGAUAUUGCUAAAAAUAUUCAAGAAAGAGCAGCAUGA